AUGAGAGAUCUCUCUCGUGAGCAACACCCACCGCAAAGAGGGGGCCUUCCUAGUGACACAAUUACGAACCCAAGGGGUAGUGGAGGAGAUCACAUUGCUUCAUACAAAGAUAUUUCCACCAGAAGUGGAAAGGUCCUUGACGCGGUAAAUCAGAAAGUGGUUGAACCUAUCCUUGUCGAGCUGAUCAUUGAUGAGGUUAUUGAAGAAGAGGUUAAAGAAGAAAAAGAGGCACCAAUUGAAGUGCCUAUUAUUGUUGAGAGAGAGAAGGAAGUGCACCCUAGUGUUAAAAAGGGUGGCGAAGAGCCAAGUGUUGAAAAAGCCACCAGAGAGAGCUUUCUAAAAAGCAAGGGAGAUCCAGGGGCUUUCACCAUCCCUUUCACCAUCGGUCAUCAUGAUUUCGCUCGGGCUUUAUGUGAUAAUGGCGCUAGUAUUAAUUUGAUGCCUCUAGCCAUAUAUAAGCAAGAUGGUCUAGGAACACCUAGACCAACGAGCAUGCGUCUCCAAAUGGCUGACAGAACCAUAAAAAGACCGGUAGGUGUUGUUGAUGACAUCCUUGUUAGAGUGGGGGAAUUCUUAUUACCGGCAGAUUUUGUCAUCCUGGAUUGUGCAGUUGACAAAGAAGUUCCAAUUAUCUUGGGAAGGCCAUUUAUCGCUACUGGGAGAGCCCUGAUGGACUCGAAAAAGAAUGAAAUAAAAGUCCGUGUCAAUAAUGAAGAAGUAACCUUCCAAGCUAGCAAGGGGUUAAAGUUGCCUAGUUCUUAUGAGAGCAUUUCGGUCGUUGAUUCAUUCGAUGAGAUAGACGAAGCGGUGGAGCAUCAGUUAGAAGAAGAGCAUUUUGAUGAGACGCUUUCGGCUAUCCUGGUGAACUUCGAGGUGAAUAAUAUGCACGGGUAUAUUGAGGUAGUUAAUUCUCUCACUGGCCAGGGUUCAUACUCUUAUGAGGUGAAGAAACUAUCUGUUGAUCUUGAUAAAUGA